GUGACUUUCUGUGCACGUACCUGCAACUCGUAACACUGUGAUCGUUUUCGGUUCGAUUUUCGCUCUGAGCAAUAAACUCGUGAGUCGCACCCUGAAGAUUCAAGGAUGAAGUUCCUGGCGCAAGUUACAAGCUGCGAGGAGAAGGAAGACCUCAUAUUGGUUUCCAUGCUGAAUCCAAGAUUCAUACGGGGCACCCAAUUAGGCUUCAAAUUGUCGAAAGUGCAGAAAAUAAUGGAUCAGCACCUGUGGUUCCCCAGGAUUACCAGUUUGUUCACGGGAGAGCUCAAAGAUGACGAGGAACUGACAAAAGUGGAAUUUCUGCAAGAACAACAGUUCCGAGGCGUGAUUCGCGACUGGAGCCCUAUAAACAUGCGAGCCACUGUUGAAUACCCUGAUAUAGCGGAGUCCCAUUCGCAGAACUUCAGGAGCCCGUGGCUGGCGAAAGGCGACCGAAUUAUCGUCAAGGGGAACGUUCUCGGAUCAGAUUGGAGUGUUGGAGAUUUCCGCCUGCAUCGACGGGUCCAAACAUGCAAGCUUGAGACUGGCGUCAUUACGAAUCUCAGCGCAUACUGCGGCGAAUUAAAAUCCUCUUUCCACGAGGAUAUAGAGUUCGAAUACCAAGACGUUCUACUCUACGACUGUCGGGACUUUUUCCCUGAAGGGCUCAAGGAACUCGGAUACGUCAUCGAUUUAGAGGAGACCUUCAGAAAGGGCGAACGCGUUUUUUUCAUCCGUGCUCAGGAUCCAGACCUCGAAAGGGACAGUGUGAAGGUCUUCGCCCCCAAGACUCACUUUGGACAUUUGGAUCCGAUAUUCAAGCCUCCAUUCAGUGAUAUACGACACGCUUCGACAGGGAACCCGGAUUUCGUCAACAAUCACGAGUGCCCAGCUCAGAUCCCCUUCGAAGACGCCUCGUUCCCUUGCGGUUUUCGGUCGGAAAGUCGAGGGAACAUCCGCUGCUCUCCCAUAGCGACAUCUUGUCCAGACAUCAACGCUCGUUGUAAUCGCUGAAAGGAUUAUUGCGCGAAGCCGUAUUUAUUAUUAGCUCCGUACGCUUAAGCGCGAUCUCAUAGUCUAUCCCAAUGUUUCCUUAUCCCGGCGAGAGCCUCUCUCUUUUCAACUGUUGGAACUCGGAUUUUAACCCUUAAAGCUGAAUAAACCGAGAACCCUU